AUGAGUAAUCCGCACAGCAGCCAGUCCCACGCUGCGUUAGCUGCUGCUCCUUCCAUCAUGGAAAUCUUCACCCAGGCCAAAAAGCUUUUGGCGCUUCAACCCCGUGUGGAAAACCGCCAGUUGCGCAAGGAUAGCGCCCACACCCAACAGCUGAGAAACUCCUCGGUGGAAGUCACUCCACCAUCGCACCAUGUGCUCUCCAACGAUCCAUCCAAGGCGCUUGACUUAUUGCUGCCACUCCUGGUGGACGACACACGGGGCUCCACAUUGCUGACUGUGGUUAAGGUGCCCGUGAAAGUCAAGAAACUGACUUCUCAGCUGGAAAUCACUCCAUCGUCCAUGAACGACAGCCCGCCUAGCAACUGUGCACCUCUGGUGGUGUCUGAUCCCGUAUGGACUGCCAAGGCCACGAUGCUGGUCCUGUCCAUUAAGAAAGAACCUUCUGAAGGUGUUUCUGCUAUCCAAGUUCAGUCUUUCAAUAUGAAUGGCUCCACCUCAAACAACUCGGUUAAUAGCAUGAACAGUGACGGUGUCACCUUAGGCAGAAAUGGCAAUAUCAAUGGCAAUGGCAAAAUCUCUGAUAUUGCUAACCAUGACCAUGGCUCCAAUAUCAAUGGCUCCAACUUUAAUGGUUCCCAUGUGAUCAACACCAAUAACAUCAGCACUCUGCGCAAAUCAAAUCUCACAAGUUCGCUUCAGAACCAACUGCGAGAGUUGGAGGCUAAGGACAAGAAGCCAACAGACCCCAAGGCUGCCUCAAGGCAAAAACACACCGAAUGUUUCAAUUGUCAUACGCUAAAAACCCCACUAUGGCGUAAGGAUCCAACAGGAAAUACUCUAUGUAAUGCCUGUGGGCUCUUUUACAAGUUGCAUGGCACAACAAGACCGUUGUCGCUCAAAACAGAUGUCAUCAAGAAGAGAAGUUCUCGUCGCCCAUCUUCCACUCCGAAGGGCGCAACUGCAGCACAAGCUAACCCCUCUGGGAGCACCCCUUCUUCAUUUCCUAGAAGUACGAAUUCGGUGUCAGAUUUCCGCCUUCGUCCGGAAGGUAUGGAUAGCAUACCUAUUCAAUCGUCUUCUGUUUUCUCCACUGGAGCAACUUCGGGACUGUUUGGGAAUAAUAUGUACAAUUCGGUUGGUUCGGCCAUGGACCCAGCUUCCAGACCCAAAAAUGUGCCAAUCCUUCCUAAACCAUCGUUUGCUGGUUCAGCUUCCAACUCUUUAGCAUCUACUCCGGUCAACAGUGGCUCCUUCACAUUCAGAUCCGCCAACCAGGCUCACCCAUCCACGCCCUCGUCUCCUUAUAGCACAAGUGCUACCCUGGAGUACAAGCGCAAAAAGUCUGAGGUCAACAUACAUGAAAUGUCUGACUCCUAUGGCCGGAGGAUCCCUUCGCUGCUCACUAUGAGUAGUUCGUUCACGAACUUGAACCCUACAAUCAAGAGAGGCUUCCUGGCUACUUCUGUUAACCGCAGAACAUCAUUGACAAAUCUAAACCGCAAACAGUCAUACGCAAGCUCGCAGAACUAUGGAACCCCUCCAUCAAGUGGGCCUACGCCUGGCAAUAUUGGAUACCAAAAUUUGAAGCUAGCAUCAACGCCACAGCCAUUUACGCAAAGUAAUGCUACUUACUUUGAUCACCCUUCGGCACCACCAUCAUUUGUUCAUCCUGAAAGCAUUUCUCUGUCACAGGGAAUCAAUGCUUUGGCCGAGGAUAGCCAUUCGGUGCCUUCCCCUUCGUCGUACUCGAGUAGCGGUCAAGUGACUGCGAGACAGUCAUUUGCUGCUCCGUCGGAGUUGGCAAACUACGUUGGUUCUCUCAAGAGUAAAAACCCCGACGAUAUGGAUACAGACGAUUUCUUCAAAAACUACACUUCUCUUCAUAAUGACAUGGACGACGAGAUGACGCCGUUGGAGGAUGAUAAUAUGAUUACCGAUAUGGGUAAUCGGUAUGAAAUCAAACCUACGAACGCUACAUCCUCUCUUACUCACGGACUCAAAGGACAAGCCAACCAGCACAGAGGCUUGCUCCAUAAUACCUAUAACGACGCUAAUGAAAAUGGUGAUCUAGAUUGGCUAAAAUUUGAAAUUUAG